AUAUAACCCACGUGAUCCGGUCAACGUGACGUAGAAAUAACUGCAUAAAUAUAGUAGCCGGUACCAACCAUUUCAGAACAAACCUGCACCAACAAAGAAACGCAUCUUACAACAUAACUGAAAUCAUGGGAGUUAGCAAAAUCAUUCUCUUGCCUACGUUUGUUAUACUUCUUGUUCCCGUGUGCCUAUCUGUGCCUCUCUGGGACCGUGCUUCUCUUGUCUGCGCAGCCAUAGCUGGAAAACAUGUGCUAGAGGAGGACUCAGGUCGAUACUUCAUGGUUCCCCAGACUUGUAAUCAGGGUGAGAUUGCCUGGAGAAUGACCCAGUCGUACGUAGCUCUACGGUUCUGGAGACCUAGACCGUUCACAGUGUGCUUCAGCAGUAACACACCCGUCAACUACGAGAAAUAUAGCGUCUACAAUGCCUCCUAUGGGAAUAUGUUCGUCGGUAGUCCUAACAUGUACAUGAAGACCUGUGUGAAUUCAAUAGGGAAUGCUUUGGACAUCAUAUUACAAGCGAAGAAAUCAUUUUACGUUAUGAGAGCAAAAUUUACUGUCCACUGCAAUUCAUGAGAUGUUAGAACGUAAGUGACAAGUGAAGCAGAUGACCUACACUGGUCAGGCCAUAGACAAUCCCGGUGAAUCGUCACGUCAGCGCAAGUGACCAGACUCCCACCAAUGCAAUGACGCGUUGACGGAAGUUCCUACAAACUGGAUCGAGAGACCAGCGUUUAUCCUCAUUGACAAAUUUAUACUGUGAUAGUGACAACCAUUAUUAUGCAUUUCACUUGAAGUACAUUUACCAUUUAAUGUCACUUUUGUAAUUUGCAUGGUUUAUCAAUUUGGUGAAAUAAAAAGUAUGCUCAAUGUCA